CCGGUUCGCUCGCUGGCCCCAGAGCUGCACCAUUGCGAUGCCACGGCUGCAGCAUUAGCACGCUAACUUCCCCCCAUUUUCACAGCCCCCUUAAGUGGGCGACCCGUCGGUUAUUCUUUUGCUCUCCCUCCUUUUUCUUUUUCUUUCACGCGCUGCAAACGGGAGGGGUUGUUUUUUCUUUCUUUUCUUUCCUUUCUUUCCUUCCCCCGACAUGCCGAACAUCGUGCUUUUUAGCGGGAGCUCGCACCACGACCUGUCCCAGAAAGUGGCCGAUCGGCUCGGACUGGAGCUGGGGAAAGUGAUCACGAAAAAAUUCAGCAACCAGGAGACAUGUGUGGAAAUCGGGGAGAGCGUGCGCGGCGAGGACGUGUACAUCGUGCAGAGCGGCUGCGGCGAAAUCAACGACAACCUGAUGGAGCUGCUCAUCAUGAUAAACGCUUGUAAGAUCGCCUCCUCGUCCCGCGUCACCGCCGUCAUCCCCUGCUUCCCCUACGCCCGGCAGGACAAAAAGGACAAGAGUCGAGCACCCAUAUCGGCCAAGCUGGUGGCAAACAUGUUGUCUGUCGCCGGGGCCGACCACAUCAUCACCAUGGAUCUCCACGCCUCUCAGAUCCAGGGUUUCUUCGACAUCGCCGUAGACAACCUUUACGCAGAGCCCGCCGUGCUUCAAUGGAUACGGGAAAACAUCCCAGAAUGGAAGAACUGCACUAUCGUGUCUCCGGACGCCGGCGGAGCAAAACGCGUGACGUCCAUCGCCGACCGCCUGAACGUGGACUUUGCUCUCAUCCACAAAGAGAGGAAGAAGGCCAACGAAGUGGACCGCAUGGUGCUGGUGGGCGACGUCAAGGACCGCGUGGCCAUCCUGGUGGACGACAUGGCCGACACCUGUGGAACCAUCUGCCACGCCGCCGAAAAGCUGAUCGACGCUGGCGCGGUGAAGGUCUACGCCAUCCUCACACACGGCAUCUUCUCCGGUCCGGCCAUCUCGCGCAUCAACGGCGCCCCGUUCGAGGCCGUGGUGGUGACCAACACCAUCCCACAGGAAGAGAAGAUGAAGGCGUGCCCGAAAAUACAGGUCAUCGACAUCUCCAUGAUCCUGGCGGAGGCGAUCAGGAGAACCCACAACGGCGAGUCUGUGUCCUACCUCUUCAGCCACGUACCCUUGUAAAAGAAAGAGGGGGUGUCCUCCCUCCCCCCUCCCUGUUGGGCCACCCGGCUGGCACUUUUUGUCACACAUCCUCCAGAAUAAAAGGCCUGGUGUUUUUUUUUUUUUGCCAACCCCGUGUGACUGUUUAAAGGUCACGCCCUCACAUUAUCUUUGACAUUCUCACCCAGGAGACGGCGUGAAAUAUCAUUUCAUUCUCAGAAGACCAAGUUUCUAUUUAUGAGCAUCUCUUUUUUUUUUUUCUUCUUCUCGCCGAUCUUGGUCACCCGAGGCUUGGCCUUCACUUUAACCAAAGGCUCCACUCAUGUAAACGUGUAUUUGUACCUCGCAUUGAACUCGCUUGAAAUGAAGCAUUCCACUGAAUCAUGUGACACGAAAUAUGUUGGCCCCUUCCUGCUUCACCAAGUUAUACAAAUGGGUAAAGAAAUGGCACCUUUUCCCCCUCAGUGUUGCUUUAACAGCUGCUACAAGUAUUAACAUAAUAUAGCCUAACCCUUUACUAGCUAUAUUGAUUGUAAUAGUUCAUGCUUUGUCAGUUUAAAGCUGCACCACAAGUGUGUUGAUCUGACCAAACGAGAGUACAAUUAAGAACACGCAUAACUUUUAAUUUUGUGAGCCUUUAGUGAGCUGCUGUCCCCAGUGGUGGCUCAUCAGUAUGACACCCCUCUUAUGUUAAUUGUGCUAUAAAACUAAUAGAUUUAGACACAUCUCUCCAAACUCUCGACAGGUCUGUGGAUAGGUGUCUGAAACGUGGUGUCGGUGGGUGUUUCACCCAAAGUUCCAAAAGGUCAUGAAAGCAAAUUGAGCCCGACGCUUGUUAAAGUGUCCAGAUUUAAAUUGGCAUUACGGCUGUAAAGGGUCACUUAAUUCCAAUGAGGCAGGUUUGCCUGCAAGUGGAUAAAAAAAAUAAUUAAAGUUGGUGAAAGCGUGAUUUAAUUUUGUUUUGUUUUAUAUGUAACACUUUGAGCUAUUUCUUUGACAAUAAAGCUUUUGACAAUGUC